CCUUGUCUUAUCCAUUGUCGCGUACGGUUCGUAGGAAGCAGUCUCCACAACCGUUACCGACAAGACUACGCAAAAGACCAAGUCACCCCCCCCCAUCUUGCUUACUUUCGUACUUGCUUGAUCCUCUUAUCACGAGGUUCAUUCCCCGCAACUCUUUCCUCCCCCCCCCCUUGUUGUGUACUUGACCGAACGUCGGCGGUACAUCGAAACCUUUGUGUGACGUCUUGCUUCCAUUUUCGAACGCUUGCUCUUUGUCUCUGACAACCAUGCGUGUGGUCAAGAUUACCUUUGGCGCUGAGACGCGCCGGUUCCGGCUCAACCCGGAGACGACGACGUUUACUCGGCUGCGCGAGCUUGUGAAGCAGUCAUUUGCUCCGCUUGCUGGUGACGCCACGGAGUUUGUGCUCAAGUGGACCGACGAGUUCUCGGAGGUCAACGUGCUCGGCUCCAACCUCGAGCUGACCGAGGCCUUCCAUGUGGCGGGCACGGCGCUCAACCCCCCGAUUCUGCGGCUGAUGGUGGAGGCUUCCGAGCCUGCGCCUGGCGCCGCGACUCCUCUCCCCUCGCCCGUGGUGGUGGCGGUGACGGCUGAUGCCGAGGAGGAGGAAGACGAUGAUGAUGAUGAUGAUGAUGAUGAUGAUGAUGCUGAUGCUGCUGAUGCUGCUGAUGCUGCUGAUGCUGCUGAUGCUGCUGAUGCUGAGGACGAGGACGCGCGCGGCGCUUCGUCGUCGUCGGGCGACAACAAGUCGACUGACGACGGCCCCGACGCGGCGCAGGGCCGCACGGUUCUCGUGGCUUGGCUCCGGCACGUGCUUGCCGGCGGCAAGGGUUCUGUGGAGCCGCAGUGGCUCAACGACCUGAUGCACUCGGCGCUGGAGGCGUUUGGCGGAGUGCAGGGCCUGAUUGCGCAGGCCGAGGCGUCGCCGGACGCUGUGCCGGAGGAGCUGGUGGCGAGCGCGGCUGAUCUGCUUCUGGGCAACACCGAGCUCCGCAGCGUGCUCGCCUCGCUGGAGGUGGUGCCGAUGGAGGAGGUGCUUGAGGAGCGUGCAGCGGCCGAGGUUGCGGCUGCGGCUGCUGCGACGGCCGAGGCCGAGGCUGCAGCGGUGGCGGCCGAGGCCGAGGCUGCGGCUGCCGAGGCUGCUGCGGUUGCUGCGGCUGCCGAGGCUGAGUCGGCUGCUGCUGCUGCGGUUGCUGCUGCUGCUGCUGCGAGCGGGCGCGAGGGCGCUGCGGCUGCGGCUGCUGUGCGGCGUGGGCCGCAUGCGCGACUUGCGCAGGCCAUCGACGACAUCUUUGGAUCUGUGAUGUCGCAGGUUGUGCAGCCGAUCCUGAAGGCGUCGACGGAGAGCGCGUCGAAGAACGCGCUUCACAUUGCGGCGGCGCUUGCGCCGCAGCUUGCCGCGGACCGCGCGGCCGAGGCUGCGGGCGCAGGCGUGGUCCACGCCGGGGUGCGGUGUGACGGGUGCCAGGUCUCGAUCCGUGGUAUCCGCUACAAGUGCACGGUGUGCGACGACUUUGACUUGUGCGUCGAGUGCGAGCGCACCGGGGCCGCGGGCCAUGUUGCUACGCAUCUGUUCCUCAAGAUCCGCAAGCCCGUGCGGAUUCGGCGCGGCGCGCUGCUGCCGGACCUCUACGCGGCGCAGUCGCAGGCCAAGUGCGGCUGGCGGCACCGGCGCCGCAACGUGGCGCGGUGGAUGGAGCAGCGCAAGCCCGUGGCCGAGCCUGUGGCGCCGUCCGAGCCUGCACCCGCGGCAGAGCCCGUGGCGCCGGCUGUGGUCAAGGCCGCGGCCAAGCCGGCCAAGCCGGCGAAGAAGAAGUCGCCGCGGUUUGUGGCACGGUUCAUCGCCGACGUGACCAUGCCCGACGGGACCAAGCUGGCGCCGGCGACGCAGUUUGUCAAGAUCUGGCGGAUCCGCAACGACGGCGAGACCGAGUGGCCCGAGGACACGCGGCUGGAGUUUGUGGGAGGCGACUGCAUGCUUGGCAAGGCGGUGGCGGUCCCGGCGGCUGCGCCUGGAGAGUGCGUCGACGUGGCGGUCGACAUGGUGGCGCCGCGCCCGGCCGGGCGCUACUGCGGCUACUGGCGCCUUCGCUCCGGCACCGGCGUUCGGUUCGGCCACCGGGUCUGGGUCGACGUCCUCGUCGUGCCGCAGGAGCCGGUCGAGGCUGACGACGACGACGACGAGACCGUGAUCGAGACCGAGGCUCCCGCCGAGGUUGACAACGGCGCGACGUCUGCGUCGUCGGCGGCCGGCAAGGAGGUCGACGACGACUCGGUUGUGGCCGAGGCUCUCGAGCCGGCGGCGACUUCGGCUGAGCUUGAGGCCGAGGCCGAGACCGCCGAGGCCCAGAUCGCCGAGACCGAGGCGGUGGUCGACGGCGCGGUCGAGGAGAUCGCGGUCGAGGCGACGCCCGACGACGCUGUGGCGGCGUCGGACGAUGACCUCGUCAUCGUUGGCGACUUUGCCUCGGAGGUUGCCGCCGAGACCGAGGCCGACCUCCCGCCUCUCGCGCAGCUCGAGGCCAUGGGCUUUGGCGACACCGAGCGCAACCUGACCCUGCUCUCCAAGCACGACAACAACGUCGCGCGGGUUGUGGCCGAGCUCCUCUCGUGA